AUGAAGAAGCUGCUGGUGGACGUGCACUCGCACAUCUACACCGCGCGGCUGGUGUCGCUGUUGCGCUCGCGCAGCGUCAAUCCGCGCAUCCACCGCGAGUCGAGCGAUGGCACCGAGAAGCUCGCCAUCCUUCCGCAAGAGGUCGCCGGAGGACGCACGGUGGGCCCGCAGUACUGGGACGUGCGCAACAAGGUGUCAUUCAUGCAGCGGCAUGCGAUCGACGUGAGCAUCGUGUCGCUCGCCAAUCCGUGGCUCGACUGGAUGGACGCCAAGCAGGCGGUGACUUCGGCACGAGAGUGCAAUGCCGAUCUGGAAGAGUACUGCCACCAAGCUACGCAGCUCUUCGAAGACGCAAAGGGGUCGAGUAUCCAACCGGAGAGGAGGAUGAGGGCGUUUGGGAUCCUGCCUCUUGCGGAGGGCGUCGAGGUGGACGAGGUGGUCAAGUGUUUGGACGCGAUCAAGGCGGCGCCGAGUUUGUGUGGCGCCAUUCUGGGAUCGCGCGGCCUGGGGAGGGGGCUUGACGAUCCGAGGCUCGAACCCGUGUGGGAGAAAGCGGCCGAGCUCGGGCUGGUGUUGUUCUUGCAUCCCCACUAUGGUCUGGGCUCGGAUGCCUCGCAGCCAGACGGUCUGUGGGGCCAACAGGAUAAUGGACACGUGCUUCCGCUGGCGUUGGGCUUCCCGUUCGAGACGGCGGCAGCUACGACGAGGCUCAUCCUAGCCGGCGUGUUUGACCGACACCCUCAACUGCGCCUGCUAGUCGCACACUCUGGUGGCGCGCUGCCGAUCCUCUCAUCGCGGCUCGCAAGCUGUGUGGCGCACGAUCCGCACGUGUGCAACCGACUCGAGCACGACCCGCGCUACUACCUCGGCAAGCUGUACUACGACGCAGUGGCCUACGGACCCGAGGAGCUCGAAGGCGUCGCCAAGAUCAUCGGGCGUGCGCAGAGGUACGGCCCUCGUGCGGCUAGCGCCGACGUCAAGCUGGGCAUUGCGAGGAUGCACUUUGGAACCGACCAUCCGUUCUUCCCUCCCACGCGCCACGACGGCACGGUCAUCACCGACGACCAGACCGAAAUCUGGCGCUCCGUCUCGGAAAACGUCGAGGCGAUCGACAGCGUCAGCUCGUGGUCUGACGCCGACAAGCACGCCGUGCUCGGUCUCAACGCAGUCUCGCUCUUUGGCCUUUGA